AACGUCUCCAGAACCGAACUCGUCAACGCCGUCUCCUGAGCAGGCUGGACCUUCAUCUGCUGUCCCAUCCGCACCACCGCCACCGCAGAAGAGACUGCGAAACAAACCACCAAGUCAACAGCCUACACCAUUUGAGAGGAGUUUGAUGGACAUGAUGACUGCCACCACGCCGCCACCACCACCACCACCACCACCACCACCACAACCAGCACCAGCACCAUCCCUUCAUCCUGACCAACAUUUCCUGUUAGGGCUAUUUUCAAUCCU